AUGGCGGGAACAAGGGAUGCACAACAUUUACAGCGCUUAAAAGGUUUAUUAGCUGCUGGUAGGUACUCUCCAAAUUAUUUGGAUCAACAAGGUUUAUGCCAUAUUCAUCAUGCAACAUUCCGUGGUUAUCUAUUAUGUGUCAAGUGGCUGUACAAGCACGGAAGUUCUUUAACUGUAAGGUUAGAUAUUUUUCACAGUUUUUAUUGAUAUAGUUAAUACUACUGUUGGCUUCUGUAAUCAGAUUUACGUUUGAAAGAAUUCGAAAUUCAGACUGAUUUAUUAUGUUUGCAGCCACCUCAGACAAAUUGUACAAUAUCAUCUGGACUACGCAUGAAAAAGCUUGUUUACCACGUUACAAAACAAAAGCUCGUCGCAUUUACAUUUUGUGAUCAUUAACAUAAACAUUAAUAUCGGUAUCAGAAAUACUUGUCCCUAAAUGAAGUCAAUCAGUACACGAGAAAAUCGUCGAACUUGGAAUUGAAAACUUUAUCCUUACACAAGGGUCUGAAUUGGGUUUGGUGUUAAGCGUUAUUUAGCCAUAAUUUCUAGUGUUGAUGAUGUUUGAUUCGUCAAUUUUUUUAAUGUUUACUAUUUCCGGAGAAAAUACUGUUCCAUGUUUGGAGGCUUUUGGUGACAAAACCGUAUCUGUUCACCGUAAAAAUAUAUCUUUUACAUAUGAACAUAACGAAAUUUUCGUUUUUUUUCUCGGAAAUCUUCCGCAGUCUUCGGACAUCAACGGCAGUCAUCGGAAAUCUUCGGUCAUAAUCGAUAAUUGUCGAAAAAUGGCCAAAAACUCAUUGCCAUAUACAAAAGAAAAUAAUAUUGGCCCUUUUGGAGCCGUUUUUUGGCUUUUUUUGGCGUGGAAAAAAUUACUGUUACAGUGUAUUUUAUACUGUUCGUGUUGCAAUUUAACUGUUUCAUGUUACACAGCCAAAAAAGUGUCGAGGUACCCCCAUUCAUACCCUCUUGAAGUUGAUUUCGAUCAGCAAAAAUUAUUUGAGAGACAUCCAGCUGAUCAAUUGAGAAUUCUGAAAAUAUAACAGGCUUAAUAUCGAGUUGAGGUUGUCAUUGUGGUUGGAAUGUUAUAAUCUUAGGAGCGUUGCCCUUUGGUCAAGGAUGCUACAGCGACAAAUGAUUACUAACAAGUUUUUUUCUGUCUUUUUACCAAGGGAAAUUUAUAGGCCUACCCCACUAGCACCCUCAUGCAAAAAUAAGCAUUUUGAGUGUCAAUGUAUUUGGCACGAAGGGAGUACCUUUAUUUCUCAGUUACUUUUAAGACCCUGAGCACUAGUGGUCCGGCCCCGGAAAUCGAAACUACGCUCUGCAGUCAAGCACUCUACCGACUGAGCUUAUGCCUGCUGUGGUAAGUACAAAAUUCCUAAUCUAUCCUUCUUUCUGGAUUUGCUUCAGGUCAACAGAAGGCUCGGUACCAGCUCAUUACGCGGCUGCUGGUGGUCAUCUCGAAUGCCUUAAAUGGAUUCACAGAAAAGCUUCGAAAAGCAUUUCCAUAACGGUGUGUUGUCUUAGAACUGACUUUGAACUAGCCAAGAGUUCCGAUUAACUAUCUCAGUUAACAUUAGCAAAUAAAUCCGUUAUAGCAGUUCUAUACACCUUUACCUUAAUUAACGAGAUAUUCACAACGACCCUAGACUGCUCAGCGCCGGCAUUUUUUUAAAUUUAUCCUUUAAUUGAAGAAUGACUCAUGUUUUUAGGCUAAAACCUUUGAUUGAUAGUGCCGCAGCCGCUUACUUUGAUCCUCUCACACCCUUUAAGCACCUGAUCAUGAGCUGCAUGUAUGAUUGUCAUUGAGUUCUGUUUUCUUUACUUCAUGACACUAAAAUUAAGUCGUCUACCCAAGUCUUUUGUGACCUACGGUUAAAUGAAAACGACUCGCUUCAUCCUGCCGGUAAGCUUUCGGAGGACAGAGGGAAAAAAGAGAGGGAUUUCCCCUCCCCACCCCCACCCCUCAAAAAUUUGCUUGCAGGUUGGACUCGCUUUCACUGCUAUCUGAAAUUCUUUGGGCGCUUUCCAUUUACGAAAAAAACCCGGAAAUUUCGGUGGUAGCAAAAGUGGAAUUUCCGAUCUGUAAAAAGUUGUUCCAUUUGGUCGUAAACCCCGGUACAUGGCCGGGUGCCCGACCGUGGACCUGGAACUGGUACAAACUACAAGAAACGUCAAUGGAACACGACAUUCCGUUCGGAAAUUCCAACCGGGAAAACGGGACCACCUUUUUAGAUUUUCCACUUUUUCUGGGAAUUUUCCAGUGGGACGAACCGACGAAACGUGUUCCAUUUACCGCCGAACCGGAAAUUCCGGAAAUUUUGACUAAAUGGAAAGCGCCCUUUUUCACGUCUUCCAAUUAGGACACAACCAAGAAAGAACCAACACUUUUUGUAUCUGCGCAUAUUAAUAUAGUCAAAGUUGAAAUCGAGCAUUGAUCACCUAUGUAUGUUGUGGUUUAAUUUGUCCUUGGUUCCAAUUACAUUUUUCUACGUUUUAAACUCAUUAUCGUACACUUACCAUACCCCAAAACAAAGGAAAAAAGGAACCAUAACAUUUAUAUCUCUCAUCAGGAUAACAAUGGAGCGACGCCACUAUAUUUUGCAGGUUUGCACUUUAUUUUUGUACUCUGAAAAAAUACAGUACAUUUGCUACUUAGAAAAAUAUAAUAUUCUCAUCCCUUCCUGCCUAUGACACAGUUCAUAGAAUACUGAUUGCGUACGUUAAUUUGUUUCCUUUGUAGCUCAGGAAGGGCACCUGAACUGCUUAGAGUGGCUUGCGAAGUAUUCUGGGACAGUACAUUGGGAGGUGUCGGUUGAUGGUACGACCGCUGCCCACGCGGCAGCCCUUCAAGGGCACUUCAGUUGCCUGGUAUUCUUGUUGGGCUCUGCUGGUUGUAGAGCGCUGGCUCGAGACAAAGUUGCCAAUACACCUUUGCAUUACGGUAUGAAAAUACAUUAACACUAAAAAAGGGAGUUUCUUGAUGUUGCGGACCGGAAACCAUCUUUGGUUUGGUUGUGACUUGGGUGUGGGUAUUCUACAGUGUCCUUUCAAUCUUUUGUAUUACGUUAUUAGGGGAUUGCACCCGGUCACCCGUCCCCAACAACAAACGGAUCAUUAUAAGUUUCUCCCACCUACCCCUCCCAUAAGCCAACAUUAACACUUACUUCUCACUUAGGGCUAAUGUUUAUCGCGAUGUUUCGACCGCGUACUGCUGGUCUUUAUUAGGUGAUGUCAGGAGUUCCUCAUGUACGCUAGCCUGUGAUCAUGCCCUCUCCCUUUAUCUCUGUAAUCUGGGUUCGGGAGGAGGACAGUUAUUUUUUUCCCUCUCGAGCCAAAGAAGCAAAAUAAAUAAAUAACGCCUGAUCUCAGGUUACAUAUGUACGCUGUCAAACAUAAACAGCAAGUCGCUUGAGAAGCAUCUGACAAAUAAAAAUGGAGAGAAAUGUAAGGCGAAAUUCGGUUAAAUACCGACUUGAAUAUAUUUGACUUGUACUUUGCAGGUUACCAACACAUCCGUCUGUUAGGCCAACUUAAUAACAUACUUUAUUUUUGCGUACAAAGUUCACGAAAGUCAUAGGCACACCGUUAGCCAAAAGUUGUGAGUGUAUCAAGUACUGUUUUCACUUUUUCUUUUCUUCACUUUUCCUCUCCUCAAAGAACCAACAAACUUAAGUUCUAUACAGGAUAUUGUGCAGUCCAAGAGCUCCUUUGAUAAUGCACUAACACCAUUAAUUAAUUCAUAUAUUUAAAUAUUAUUUAUUUUAUUGCAUAUUUUAGCUGCAGCCUGCGGCCAUCUUCCCUGCGUGGAUUGGUUGCUGGCUAAUUCCAACUGUGUUGGCAAUGAAAGAAAUAAACUCGGUUCCAGUCCACUCCACCUAGCUGCCCAAAAUGGUCAUUUGGAGGUUGUGAAGCAUCUUGUUAAAGGGUAAGCCUGUUCACUUUGAUACAUUUUUUUUGAACAUAGAUAUGUUCUUAUUAUUUUCCACAUUUGCAGGUGCAUUGUUUCUCCUCCCAGUUCAAAUAAUUUAUACGUUCAAGCACUACCUUUUCGAAGCUCUUUGAGAUAUCACUAAAUUUGUGAAAUGAAAUUAGCAUAUAGAGCAAAGGAGUCUUACAUCACAGUUUGCAUAAUUGACUAAUUAUCAUAAUUGUAUAUUUGCUUUCUUAUAUUGACAGUGGUGCAGCGAUUAAACUACACGAUAGACUGGGAAGAACUCCAUAUAAUGUUGCCAUAGAAAGUGGAAACGAGGCAUGCGCACACUUCCUUUAUCAGGUAAGCGGUGGUUGCUGAAACAGGAUUUGCUCGUGACACAGUUAAACGCUAUUGUAGGGAUACAAGUAGCUGGGAUAACUGUGGCUGCUAAAGUAAGACUAACGCCUGCAAAUGUGUUUGCGUUGAUAGACAGAGAGGAGACCAUUCUCAGGGAAUCAGGUUUUAAAGCGAGUACGAUUUGAAAGAAAGGCAAUGGAAAGAGAGUUUCAAAACACCCGAGUACGUCAAUCAAGUCAUGGUACGCUCAGAGGUGAUGGAUCUACAGACAGGGAACACUUGAUACGAAAACCCUAUGCCUUAUACAGACAUGGUGCUCAAAGCUUAGCCUUACCAGAUCGCCAAAGUGGUUCUUUUGUGCAAAGUGAUCUUAGCUCACAAAUGGAUGGGAUGUACACUGUUUUGGUACCUCAGCCAUUCGAGACCUCCAACGAAGACUUGCACGUGAAACGUCACUUGAAUAGAAAGAGUUUAUUGCCUUGGACACGUGUUUAUAGAAUGAAAACGUCUACGUACAAACCCGAUAUUUCUGGCUGGUUCUCGUCCUCAAGCGGUGACAGUGCUUCGUCUGAAUUUCUAUACUCGGCUGUGGCUUCGCAACGUUAUAUGGUAAGAAUGGGUGAGAAAGCGCCAUCUUUUCUCUAAAGAAUGUUGCAAAAGUGUUAGCUGAACUUUUCAAAAUCUUUCGUACUUUCUUCAAUAUUAAACAUAAAUGUCGUUACCUCUUCUAGUAGAUUCAGAGGAAAGCUGUAGACUUUAUUUACGGGAAGUUUCCGGGUUAAAGUACACAUAAACGCCCGGAAGGGGAUCCUACCUUCAUCUCUUACCCCUCAGUGAAAUUUCACAAAACUAACUCCAACAUUUUAAGUAACAUAUUUAUCUGCUAAUCAAUUUGUUAUGAAUUAUCAUUACUUAAAACUAUUUACAAUGAAAUGAAAAUGAUAUAAUGACGGGUUGAAUUUUCAAAUGUGCUUUCUUUGUUUUGUAGUCAGCAAGUCAUGAGAGUCUUUCCUCGAAGAAACAAAGUUCAUCAUUACUAUCCAGAUUUUUUCGCAACAAAAAGAAUCAGGUUUUAAGUUAAUACAAUUCUUUUUUAUAUAUAUUGUAACUUAUAGAUUUUGACAUAUAAUUCAAUCACAUAAGACAGGCCUUUAAUUGCACAAAGGUUAUUUUCAUAACAUUAUAAUAAAGGGCGUUGCCCGCUUGAGGGCUUAAGCAACCACCACCACAACAGCAGCAAAAAAAUCAAAAACCAACAGGCGAAAUAAGUGAAACAACAGCUCUGCACGUGCACAGCACUUUAUACGACGUAGUGAGCCAUUUCCGAGUUCCAAAGACUCUCACUUUCAGAACGAGGCAGUAAAGUGCAAAACCUUUCUUUGGCUUCGAACUUUUCGUCGCUUUGUAAAAGAGGUUUGAGGCAAUCGUGAAAUGGCCUAUCAAAUCUUCCUAUUAUUAGGCCUAUAUAAAAAAGUAUUUUAAAAGAACUCAAUUCCAGGAUAAAUCUGCUGUAUUUCACAAAUUGAGCGAGGAUAAAUAUACGCACUUAAAGGGGCUGUGUCACGAAAUUCAGCUAAAUUAGGAAAUUGCAAAAUGCCCGUUAAAUUAAGAGAAACAUAAAAAUAACCGUUUAAAACUUUAAAGGAAGGUUAAAAUAACAUAACAGAAACAAAAGAUGCCACGGAUGGGCAAAACUGAAGAAGAUUGAAACGGAUUGAAAUUAGGGUUUUUGAAAACUGUUCAGUCUAACAGUUUUUCAAAGUUGAUCCCUGCUGCUUGCAACUUCAAAAAUAAUGUUCAGGAGACAUUUGUUUGUCUUGGAUAUCUGAUUUUGUCAUUUACAUGUAAUUUCUUUGCUUACUUUAUUAAAGGUUCUAUAGCGAUUGAGGGCGAGUAAUUGGCAAAAUUAAACAACAUGAACUGGAGUGACGAGACACAGCCCCUUUAAGUCCGAAAAAAUAUAUUUUUUCUGUUACCUUUUUUACUGCCGUCGUCAUUUCUUCGUGGAUGCCGAAGCUCCCUAGACUAUCUUACGAAGCUUUUAAUCCUGAGGGGUAGUACUUCCUAUAAUGGCCUAUAUUUGGAGGCUCCACCCGAAAAGGGUACCUUUUUCAGCCUUUAAGUAUACUAGGGGGAUGGGAUUUCAUUUGUUGAAGUGUAUGAAAAAGUAGUGAAAUCUGUCAUUUCGGUAACAAAGCUCAAAAGGGCUAACAGAUGCAUUUUUUGGCUGUGAAAAAGUCGAGAAAACGUUCUGGUUUUGUGAUCAAUUCAUAUUUUAAAGACAUUAAAUUUACAGCAGUUAAAGAAGAUGGAAAGUUCCAAUCUAGGUAUGUGAACGGGGUACCAUUUAUCAAUAGAGUGCGUACGAAAGAGGCACCAUUUCUGUCAAAAAUGGUAUCCCCUAGACUAAAGGGUAAGGGGUUAGACCCCGAGAGCGGAGAUUCCCCGUAUAAGCUUUGUUAAGUUCCCUACCGGGCUUUCAACUUUAAAUUCGGACAUACCACAAGGAAAAGAGCUUCUUAUUGUUCUCUUUUAACUUCUGACCACUAGAUAGUGGCUUAUCAGUAUAUUUGGUUGAACAGCAAAACAAAAACCCCAUUCCAGAUUUGUGUUUUGGCAUUCUUUUCAAAGCAGGUUACGCAGUAGAAUGACUGUCGUGUUUAUUUUCCUGUAGGGUCUUUUCCCGCGGAGUGUUGACUACUUUGAUGACAUUAUUAAUAACAACAACGACGAAAAAAAUAUUUUCAAAAGAAUUUACAGAUUCUCUAGAGAAAAGCUGACCAAGUCGUCAAGCUUUGCGAUAGAGCAUGUGUCACAGGGGGUUGCCGAGUCAUGUCAUAAGAAGAAAAGCAUAGUGGUGUCAGGACAUGAUGGUUUCAUCUCCAACUUGAACAACCAGCGGAAAACUUCAGACUCGCACAAAGAAGAAGAAAGAAAGCGCUCUGGAAGAGAUGAAAUUGAUCUUUUAUCCACUGAAACUGAUCUUACAGCCCAUUCCUUUAAAAGCCAGGGGGAACGAGGCAUACAUCGUUCAGGAGAGUAUGGCGAUAGAAAAGUGACUCGUAAAGGCGUUGCAGUAAGCAAGAUUCGUAAGGAAAUACUCGCGCCACGAGAUAGCUCGCUGAUUUGGUAA